AUGUGCAAGGAAAGGCUUUCGCCUGCAUCGGAUCCAUUGAACGGAAGCGAAGCGAAUCCUCUGGAAGAUGGUUGCGCCAUCAAGAUAGAGAACUCGUACACGUUGACGAGGAAAGAACGAAGGAAUCAAAGGGACGAAAUCAGAGCGAGGAAGAGGACGAGGUCGAAGAUCGACUCGAUCGCGUCUCCGACUUGCAAAACCAAGAAACCCGUCGAAUUGAGGAGAGCAAGGCCGAGACAGGCCGAGUUACUUUUUGAGUGUGACUUUUGCGGUAAACAGUUCGACCGGAAAUCGUUGUUGGCGUCUCACAUGAAGCAGCACAGGCACCGUUGCAAGACCUGUAACCAAACGUUCAGAUUGAGGAAAGACUUGAAACAGCACACGGAACAAGUUCACGGGCCUGUGCUGUACCCUUGCACCAUCUGCGAGUACAAGAGCAACAACAGGUGGACGUUGAAGGAUCAUUUCAUUCGAAAACAUACGAGCAGUUUCGACUAUUCCUGCUCCGUUUGCGGGAAGCAAUUCAAGAUAAAGAACGACAUGGUGCAGCACGCGAAGCAAAUGCACAGCAAUGCACCGCCCAUUAUUUGCACCGUGUGCGGCCACGCAUGCAAGAGCGUCCCCUCUUUGAAGGCCCACAUGAAAUACAGGCAUUACAAGCCUGCGUUCGAGUGCAGUUUGUGCAAACGAUGCAUGACUACCCAAUACAACCUCGACCAGCAUUUGCUGUGGCACGAGAAAAAGGAGAAGGUUGUGUGCCCCACUUGCGGCAAGACAUUCGGCCAGAAGAGGGAUUUGGAUCUUCAUCUGAGGAUCCACGAGGGUAUCAGGCCGUUCUCUUGCCCUGUCUGCGGUAAAAAGUUCCCGAGGCGGACUGCCCAGGAGCAACACAUACUGAUACACACCGGCCAGAGGCCGUACACUUGUGAUAUAUGCGGGCAGAAGUUUGCUCAGAAGCCGGGAUUGAUCUGCCACAGGAAGCGGCAUCCUGGACCCCUGCCACCCCUCCCUGUCAUCUCUAUUAGGAAGAUCAUCACGGAUUUUACUCAGGGAUUAAGUGACGCGACGAUAGAGAAAAAGGAGAAUUGA